AUGGGGGGACCUCGAGUUUCUAGCAGCAGGGAAGCGCCAGCCUUCAAAGGGGACAUCUUCAUCACCAGCGUGGACGCCGCCACAACCUUCGAGGAGCUCUGCGAGGAAGUGAGAGACAUGUGCCGUCUGCACCAGCAGCACCCGCUCACCCUCAAGUGGGUGGACAGCGAAGGUGACCCUUGCACGGUGUCCUCCCAGAUGGAACUGGAAGAGGCUUUCCGCCUGGCCCGUCAGUGCAGGGACGAAGGCCUCAUCAUUCAUGUUUUCCCGAGCACCCCUGAGCAGCCAGGACUGCCGUGUCCAGGAGAAGACAGGAGGGUCAAGUGGGAGGAGAGCGGCCCCACCGAGCGUGUUCCAGGCCCCCGCGGCAUCUGAGAGGAGGCAGCCAAGCCUAGUGAGG